UGAAACAAAAACAAAAACCAACUUGAACGCAUACAAUGCUUGCCGUCUCGACACCAACGCCUGUGCCAGAGUUUACCCAAAAGCCGUCUGUGCGCACGACCCUCAUGAACGAGCACCAGCACAUGCUGAGCAAGACCAUGCGGGCCCGCGAUUCGACCAGCAUCGCGACCGAAAUGAUGCAGCUGCUGAAGGAUUCGCAGUUCUCGCCGUACAUUGGCGAAGCAAUCUCGCAACAGGAGCACAUGCUGCAGGCUGCGUAUCACGCCAAGCUCGACGGAUGCCGCAACGAGGUCGUUCUCGCAGCGUUGCUACACGACUUUGGCCACAUUUGCGCAGAGCAGGACGCAGAGCAGAUGGGCGACCCGACGCACGGCACCGCGCACCACGAAUUCAUUGGCGCAACGUACUUGCGCGUCCGCGGAUUCUCGGAGGAGAUUAUCAGCAUGGUGGCUGCGCACGUUGAUGCAAAGCGCUACCUGACGUGGAAGCGAGGGCAAGAGUACUACUCAAAGCUGUCGCCUGCGUCGAGCUUUACGCUCAUGUGCCAGGGCGGACCCAUGAACGAGGCUGAGGCGACUGCGUUUGAGCACGAUCCUCUCUUUGCCGAGAAGCUGGCCAUCCGCUAUUGCGACGAGAAGGCCAAGAUUGCUCCCCACCCCGAGCACAUCCCGACUGCCGACUCGUACAUUCCUCUGCUUGCCGCACACAUUGACGAGCAGCGCCGACUCCGACAAUCGCAGGCGGUUGUCGCAUGAGAAACAUGAAAAAGAGAUGGCCGCUCCAACUCUGUUUUCGCUGCUGCGUGUGUAUGAUAGUUUGCGUGCUUUGUGUGAUUUUGAUAUUUGUAACUCAGACCCUCCCCCCUUCUUCCUCUCUCUCUCCCCAAAGAAACCUCACCCGGCUGAUGUUUCGCUAAGACAUGACUUGAUUGUGAGUGUACUGGUGCCUCAACCAAAAAAUAUACAUCAAUGAACAAACCUCGACUUGAUUGAGAAAUGAAACAAAGAAUUCA